AUGAGGUGUUCAGCUGUCUACCCCAACCACUUCACCUUCUCUGCAAUUUUGUCUGCUUGUGCGGACACCAUGAUUGUCUUUCAUGGUGAACAGCUGCAUUGCUUGAUUUGGAAACAUGGGUUUGACGCCCAUGUAUUUGUUUGCAGUGCUUUGGUUGACAUGUAUGCCAAGAGUUCCGAAAUGACCCUGGCUGAGAGGGUGUUUGACGAAAUGCCUGAGAGGAAUCUUGUUUCUUGGAAUUCUAUGAUUGUGGGAUUCUUACAGAAUGAGUUAUAUGAUCAGGCUGUUGAAUUUUUCAGAGAAGUUCAUAGGGAGAGUGAGGUGAGUCCUGAUCAAGUAAGCUUCUCGAGCGUACUGAGUGCUUGUGCCAAUAUGGGUGCCCUGGAAUUUGGCAGACAAGUCCAUGGGAUUGGUUUUAAACAGGGUUUGGUAACCUUAACUUAUGUGAAGAACUCGCUGGUGGACAUGUACUGUAAAUGUGGGUGGCUUGCUGAUGCUGCUAAUUUGUUUUGGACCAUUGGAGAAAGAGAUGUUGUUUCGUGGAAUGUUAUGGUAAUUGGAUGCAUUUGUAAUCACAAGUUUGAGGAUGCUUGUAAUUAUUUUUGGGUCAUGAGAAGGGAAGGUAUAACACCUGAUGAGGUUUCUUACUGUUCAGUCCUUAAUGCUUCUGCUAGCCUUGCAGCUCUUGAUCAAGGCACUUUAAUACAUGAUCAAAUAAUAAAAUCUGGCUUUGCGAAAAGUGCUUGUGUUUCAAGCUCAUUAAUUACAAUGUAUGCAAAAUGUGGGAGCUUGAUUGAUGCUUAUCGCAUGUUCAAUGAAACUGACGAACGUAAUGUGGUUUGUUGGACUGCUAUGCUUGCAGCUUACCAACAACAUGGUUGUGCAAAUCAAGUGAUCGAGCUGUUUGAGAAAAUGCUUGAAGAGGGGAUGAAACCUAAUUAUGUCACUUAUGUUUCUGCUCUGUCAGCUUGUAGCCAUACCGGGUGGAUAGAAAAAGGUUUUAAAUACUUUGAUUCUAUGACCAAAGUACAUGGUAUCAACCCUGGGCGUGAACAUUAUGCAUGCAUGGUUGACUUACUUGGGCGUGCAGGUCGGUUGGAUGAAGCUCGGAGGUUUAUAGAAACAAUACCUGUCAAGCCGAAUGCUUCAAUUUGGGGAGCUCUGCUUGGGGCUUGUAUGAAGUAUGACAAUAUCAAAAUGGGAAGGGAAGUGGCAGAGACGCUUUUCGAGUUGGAACCAAAUAAUCCUGGAAAUUAUUUGCUGCUUUCUAAUAUGUAUACACGUAAAGGAAGGUUGGAGGAAGCUGAUGAGGUGAGAAGAUUAAUGGGGGUCAAUGGGGUAAGGAAGGAGCCUGGAUGUAGCUGGAUUGAUGUUAAGAAUAGAACCUUCGUGUUUACAGUUCAUGACAGGUCAAAUUCUAGGAAUGAUAAGAUUUAUGAGAUGUUGAGAAAAUUGAGAGAGUUGAUGAAGAAGAAAGGCUAUGUGGCUGAGACCCAAUUUGCAAAUAAUAGCAUGGUAAAAUCUAAAGAGCAGGACUUGUGGUACCACAGCGAGAAACUAGCCCUUGCAUUUGGGCUACUGACACUCCCAGCUAAAGCUCCAAUUAGGAUAAAGAAGAAUCUGAGGACAUGUGGCGAUUGCCACACGUUUAUGAAGUUUGCUUCAGAGAUUUUCUUGAGAGAGAUAAUUGUAAGGGAUGUAAACCGGUUUCAUCGUUUCACCAAUGGUUUCUGUUCCUGUGGAGAUUACUGGUGA